AGGUAUUGCAGAAAUUCUAAUGAAUAGGCCACAUGCCAGAAAUUCAUUGGGAAGAGUGCUUGUUGAGGAACUGUAUGAAACCCUUGAUGUUCUCCGUUUUGAUGACAGUGUCCGCGUAGUAAUAGUCAGGAGCAAUGUAGAAGGCGUAUUUUGUGCAGGUGCAGACCUAAAAGAGCGUGCUCAGAUGAGUGAUACUGAAACAGACCAUUUUGUUCAAAGGCUCAGGAAUUUAAUGGAUAACAUUGCAUCGUCUGCUAAGAUGGGUCUCAUCGAAACAACAAGAGGACUCUUUCCUGGUGCAGGCGGAACUCAGCGUCUUCCUCGUUGUAUUGGAGUCAGCUUAGCUAAAGAACUAAUCUUCACUGGUAGACAGAUUGAUGGGGAAAAGGCAUUUACGAUGGGCCUAGUCAACCAUACAGUCCCUCAGAAUGAGAAGGGGGAUGCAGCUUACCAAAGAGCACUAGCCUUGGCUGAAGAGAUCGUUCCUCGGGCCCCAAUAGCUGUGAAAAUGGGUAAAGUGGCUAUAAACAGAGGGAUGGAGGUGGAUAUUGCCUCUGGAAUGGCUAUUGAAAGAAUGUGUUAUGCCCAGAAUAUCCCAACAAGAGACCGCCAAGAAGGAAUGGCUGCUUUCAUAGAGAAACGACUGCCCAAGUUCAUCGGAAAGUGAUAUGUCAGCCUUUUUCAGAUGGCUUGAAGACAACUCCAAGAAGGCCGUGCCUUAGGAAUAUUUUUCUACAUAAACUUUAUAUUCAGGAAAUGUACUGCAUUUGUCUUUUAUACUCUAUAGAAAGCAUAACAGCAAAACAAUAAUAAUGUAGAUUAUAUUGAUAAAAGGACUUCAGGUAAUUUGCCUGUACUUGUUUGGGAUUUCGACGUACACAACCAAAGCUAAACAUUCACACUAUUUGGUGAGCUGUCUAUUGCACAACCAGUCACAUACCAAACACCUCACCAAAUAGCAUAACUGUUUCCACAGUGUUAACUGUUCCUGUGGAAAACCCCAGCAGGAUACUGGCGUUCAUCUGAGUGCAGUAUAUUUCCAGCUGAUGACCAGAAGAUACAGUUAAACAUAGUAUAGCACCUUUUUUGGGAAGGCUCUCCUUGCUUGCAAGUAAAACAUUUUAUGUUGCAUGUAUUUUAUUAGAAAUAAAGAAGCUAAGAAAAUUA